CACUAGUGGACGAAGCGUGUCUCGUUGGCUCGCCGGCCGAAGCAAGUUCACACAAACUCCAUUAAUACAACAGAACAAUGGCCUCAGACGAUGCUUUUAAAGUGUCCUCCCUGAAGGGGAAAGUGGCCCUAAUCACGGGGGCCAGCUCGGGCAUCGGAGCGGGCACGAGCGUCCUGUUCGCCAAACUCGGAGCACUGUUGGCUCUGAACGGCCGUGACGUGGACAACCUGAAGCAGGUCGCCAAGCGGUGCACCGACGGCGGCGCAGCGGAGCCGUUGCUAGUUCCUGGAGACCUCACCGACGAGGACACGGUGAGGAAGACGGUGGAGCAAACUGUCGCUCACUUCGGCCGACUCGAUGUCCUCAUUAACAGCGCUGGUAUUCUGGCCAUGGGCAGCAUCGAGACCACAGACCUGGCUCAGUACGACCGGAUCAUGAACAUCAAUGUCAGAACCGUAUACCACCUGACUCAGCUUUGUGUGCCCCACCUCAUCAAGACCAAAGGCUCCAUUGUCAACGUGUCCAGUGUCAACGGACAGAGAGCGUUCCCUGGUGUGCUGGCCUACUGCAUGUCCAAGUCCGCCAUUGAUCAGUUCACGCGUUGUACAGCACUUGAGCUGGCACCAAAGCAAGUCAGAGUGAACUCUGUCUGCCCCGGUGUGAUCGUCACAGAGGUCCACAAGAGAGCCGGACUAGAUGAGGCCCAGUAUGCCCAGUUUCUUGCAAAGUCUAAGCAGACCCAUGCCCUGGGUCGACCAGGGGAGGUGGACGAAGUGGCCCAAAGCAUCGCCUUCCUGGCGUCCGAUGCGGCCAGCUUCAUCACUGGAGUCAACCUGCCCAUCGACGGGGGCCGACACGCCAUGUGCCCAAGAUGAGGUCGAUGACAGGAUUCGACCGUUCCAGAUGUGAAAUGAAUAGCAGGAAGCUGAACACACAGUUAAACUGUCACAAAUAUGCAGUUUAAAUCCAUCUUUAAUUUCUUCACUUUGCGAUUAAGUUUCCUUUGAUGA